GGUCGGGUAAGUUCAACGCGCCUUAGAUAACCAAUUCUAAGACGCGGAAAGUGCGCACGUGAGAAAAUUAUAACUGUCGGAACGGCUGUUUUCGUUUUAUUUUCCCCUUAUAGCAGCUAUCUUUGGCCAAUCGGGCUCGGCACGGCAGGGCAGAGUUUAACAGGACCACUCAAUAUUUUUAUUAUCUGCUGUAGUAUCCGCAGGUGUUCUGCGUCCGUUACAGUUCUGCAGCCCACGCCUGGCAUCCUAGAGAGCCGCGUAGAACUUGAAAAAGGUACAUCCUUGUACAGUCGAUCCGCCACAACGUAAUUUCACAACCUUUUUCGCACCCGGAAAUCAGCGAAGAGAUGGACAAUAUGUCAAAGUUAGAGAUUGCUGAAAGGGUGCGAGGAAUGACUGACAACGUCUGGGUGAGGUUUGAUAAGGUGGCAAGGGAGACAGAUCCAGUCAACUGUGGCUCAGGGCGUCCUGACCUUGCACCACCGGAUUUCAUGGUUGGCGCUCUCAAGGAAAGCAUCAGUGAACUAAACACCUUGCACCAAUACACGAGGGAAUUUGGCCACCCUCGACUUGUAAAGGCCCUGGCCAGGAUGUACUCUCGCCUUGUCGGACGAGAGAUCGACGCCGAGGAAGAAGUCGUCAUCACGGUCGGAGCACAGCAGGCACUGUACUGCGCCAUUUUCGGGAUGGUGAAUCCGGGAGACGAGGUUAUUGUGAUCGAGCCCUUUUUCGACGGUUACGAGACAAUCACGCAGAUAGCGGAAGGGGUGCCUGUGUACAUUCCACUUCGACUGCCACAGGCAAAGGAUGGAAAGAACGUAUCCAGUGCAGACUGGGUCCUCGAUCCCAAAGAGCUGGAGUCCAAGUUCAACGAAAAGACGAAGAUGAUUGUUCUGAAUACGCCGCACAAUCCGACGGGAAAGGUUUUCAGUAGGCAAGAGCUAGAGGUAAUUGCCAACCUGUGCAAAAAGCAUGACGUCAUUUGCCUGAGUGACGAGGUCUACGAAUGGCUCGUCUUUGGUGGGGCCGAGCACGUCCGAAUCUGCACGCUGCCUGGCAUGUGGGAAAGGACCAUCACUGUCGGAAGUGCGGGAAAGGCCUUCAACAUCACUGGAUGGAAGGUGGGCUGGGCCUAUGGAGAGCGAAAUGUGCUCAGAGGCACGCGGCUCUAUCACCAAAGCUGCAGGAUCACGCUGAGCACCCUGCUUCAGGAGGCAGUGGCGAUUGGUAUCGAGCACGAGACCGAUUGCAUCCACGAGCCCACCAGCUACUGGAAGGGCCUGUGCACGAGGCUGCAGGAGAAGCGAGACCGCGUCUGCAGCUCCCUGAGCUGCAUAGGCAUGACGCCGACCGUGCCGCAGGGCGGCUACUUCAUCAUGGCAGACUUCUCCAACAUAGCAUCAAAAGCAGACAUUGAAGGUGAAGGACCAAAGGACGAACGUUUUGCCAUGUGGCUUUGCAGAACCAAGAAACUCCUAGGCAUCCCUCCCAGUUCUUUCUACGGACCGGCAGACAAGGUCCUGGCUCAGCACCUGAUCCGUUUCUGCUUCAUGAGGGAAGACUCAACAUUGCAUCAAGCCAUACAGAUUCUCAACGAGUUGAAGCCAACAAUGUAGGGAAAUGUGGUAGCUUGUACAAUAAAAGAAUUGGUUUGGGUCA